CACACCUAUUCUACCCGUGGCUGUAUCCAGACCUACUUGAGAUUCCUGCCCUACAUUCCAACAUGAUCUCUGCAACUGUCCUGGUGUUGCUUUCACUAACAGUAGUAACGUAUUCGCAAAAGCCCGGCGCAAGUGGCGGUGACCAGAUACCUAUUAUCAAAUAUGAAACUGAUGGACCAAAUGUUGAUGGAUCUUAUAAAUGGCUUUACGAGACAGGCAAUGAAAUCAAUGCUGAAGAAUCGGGAUACGUGAAAAACUUUGGGAAAGGUGAAGGAGAAGAAGUUCAAGUGGCUGAAGGAAAGUUCAGUUUUAAAACACCAGAGGGCAACCUCAUUUCGCUUACCUACAUAGCUGAUGAGAACGGCUUCCAGCCACAGGGUGAUCAUCUUCCAACGCCACCGCCUAUUCCGCCAGCAAUUCAAAAAGCACUCGAGUAUUUGAAGACUCUACCGCCGAGCGCCACGGGAGCGUCAUCUAAUAUCCAGCCCCAAUACCAACAAGCCCCGGCCCCCUUUAAAGCUAGGGGAAGAUUUUAAUUUUUAACUCAUUAUUUUGAAUAAUAUUUUAUUCAGCACUCUUACUUUCUUAAUAAAAAAACGAGGGGAUGUAAAUUGCCUAAUCUCUCUAAAUCUAAAAAAUAUUUUGUUAAAUAUGUAAUCUGAAAUUUAUUUUAUGAUUAUUGCCAUACCAUAUGCAAUCAUAUUUGUUAUUAGAAAAAAAAAUAUUUGAGAGACAAAGAAUAAAUUGUGAUCGCAUAUGAUGCAAUCCAAGACCUAUUUUUGCAAAUAUA